AUGGUGGCACCCUUGACUGUUCGAGCAUCUUGUGAGCGUGGUGUGUUGUGUCGUCGUUCUACGGCCACCACUGUAUUUGUGUUGAAGAAUUGCAAGCUUGCUAAUCUCUACCGAUCAUUUCUGGAGAGUGUAAAAUAUUUGCAUCAUCUGUUGCAGUUGUAUGCCCGAGUGGGUGUUCAUUUGGCCCGCUUCAAAAAUGAUGAGGCAGUAUCAUUUAUACCUCGUGAUGGUUCUUUUGAUCUCAUGACAUAUAGACUCAGGUUCUCCUUUUGGUUAUGUGUGGAUCUGGAAAUUGACAAGGAUGCACUAAAGCUUAUUACAUCAAGAUCAGAUGGAUCUUUAUGGGAUGUUGAGAUGACCGUUGAACAACUGAAUUUGAUUGGGCAGUGAAUCUCUGUUCCUCUUGUUCAGGAACUGGUAAGUUAUAUGUCUGUUUAGCAAAACUAAAACAGAUUUUUGGAAUUGUUUUUCUUACCCUGCAUCAUUUUAUUAUCUAAUUACCCACAACCAAUGUUGUUAUACACCAGCAACCUCUAUUGAAUUUCAUGUGCUUGCAUUCAUCAAUUUAGCAACUACAUAUGUUUCAGAGAAUAGGCAUUGCCCUGUAUUUAGAGCUAGUACUUACAUCUCUCGAAUAUUGCUUAUCCUGUUAACAUUAAUGUCCUAAAAAAUUGUUUUUUUCCUUGGCUUAGAUAGAUGCUGCCAACACUGCUUGUCUUUUUGUGCGACUUGGUUAAUUUGUUGAGUUUUUAUUGCUAAACAAAUUACUAUCCUACAGCAAUCUUCACUUGAUACUUGCAAUUGGUUAAACACUUUACCAGAGGGGGUUGAUAAGGUUCCACAAUUCAUUCAAGUUAAUGCACGUGUUUGGCCAUAGUACUUCCUUUAGUUCUUAGUUGUUAACAUAGCCAAGGUGCCUUUCUGGCAUAUAACUUUGUGUAAAUUGUUUUUUCUUCCGUUAAUUUUCCUGGUUUGUCAGACUACGUUGAUGACCAGGGAUACUACUGUAAUGAUAUCUGUUUCUUUUUGAUAAGGAACUUUUAUGAUGGCCCAUGGAAACAAUGCCCUUUUGGUGCUUGUGCAAUGCCAUCCUUCAAGCCUCUUCAAGGCUACCUUUCAGCCAGUGGCUAACUUUAUUGCUCAUCCAAAAUUAUUAACUAGUCCUCAAAUUUAUUACUGUCAUAUGAUGGGUGAUAGAUAGUCUACAUUUGGUCAACUGAAGUCCUUGUUUUAGGCCUAGGGCUUCUUGGCCAAUGGAGUACGAUAAUUUUGAUUCACAAAGAUGUAUAUACUUCGUCUGCAUGGAUCAGAGCCUCUCAUCAAAGAAAUAAAUAAAAUUUGAACUAAAAAUAGGAGUAUCUGUAAAAGGCUAUUAGUGGGCUCAUCCUUUAUGCCAUAUGCUGAAUACUGAUUCUUUUUAUAGAAUUUUGAUGAACUGCAUAAAAUUGAAAAUGCCAAAAAAGGGGGGACUCAUCCCUUGUAUGUGUGAGGUUUUAUUUUAUGUUACUCUUUAAUGUGCUUGAAUUUAGUGCUCAACAUGCCUUGAAUUAUGUAUUACCUGCAGAACAUCUCAAAACCUCUUACUGAUUUGUGGGGGCUGCUAUGUAUG